AGCCAUUCUCUCGUGGAAGAAUCCGAAGAGUCAACAUGAAGGUUUUCGGUCCUGUUGUUCUGCUGGUCGCGACUUUUUUCUCCCCAUCUAAAGGGGACAAGUCAAUGUACAAAAUGGUGUCGUACGAUAAUGAAAACUACAAAGUGAUGUGGAAAUACGACAUGCUCAAGGACGAGUUUCAUUUUAACGUCACCGUGAACGCAACCGGCUGGGUUGGCUUCGGUGUGUCGGAAAAAAAAGGAAACAUGAUGGGUUAUGAUGUAAUGGUGGGAGGUUUCUCCAACAAUUCCGGUUAUGCAAAGGAUUAUUUAACGACAGGGCGUAUGAUGCCGAUGCCAGAUAAAGAACAAAAUUACAUGAUGAUGAGCGCCUCGGAAAUGAACGGCUACACAAACUUGGUGUUCUACAGGAAGAGGGACACUGGUGAUGCUGAACAAGAUGUAGUAAUUAAGCCAGGUAUGAUGUACCUCAUCUGGGCAUAUCAUAAAAUGUACGAUGUCAAUAUGACCGCGAAUGGAACAUUCAUGGCACACACUGCAAAGGGUGCAGUGGCCUACACUUUCAUCGAGCCCGGUUACAACAUGUUGAAAAUAAAUGACAACUACAGGCUGUAUUGGAAAUACGAUCAAAACAUGGACAUGUUUUACUUCAAGAUCGUGGUGAAAGCAACAGGUUGGGUUGGCUUUGGCUUUGCCAAUAACGUUGGAGGAAUGAACGGUUACGAUGUGAUGGUUGGCGGAGUAAACGGCGGUAAAGGAUAUAUUGGGGAUUACAUGACGAAAACUACCUCCCAACCUCCAAAAGAUGAAAGCCAGGACUUCGUUUUGAUGGAUCAGGAGGAACGGGAUGGCUACACAAUGUUGUCAUUCAAGCGUAAGAGGGACACUGGUGACGCGGCUGGCGACAUCGUAAUAAAGAACACGGAAAUGUACCUUAUAUGGGCUUUUCGCGCAACCGAAGACGUAAUGAAUGAUGGCAGCUUUGAACCACACUCUCAGAAAGGAGCAAUGAAGGUCGUCAUGGAUUUCACACCACCUGACAUACCUACUGAAAAAUCUGGAUCCACAGCGAUGUACGUUCCAUCCUUAUUUGGAGUCCUUGCCGUUCUUUUUCUUAAGUAUGUGAUCGGUGCCUAAGUUCCAAACGAGAAGUCGACCAGGCUGAUCUGAUGCUCGUUAAACAAGCUACAAUAGUACUUAAUCAUCCAGUGCGGCAGCACUUUUUAAACCUGAUUAAUGCAUCACUGUUUGGCAUCAAGCUUCACACACUUACUUGUAAGAGUGGGUGGGUGGGGAGAGAGAGGGGUUGGUCAGUGCCAAGAUUUGCCCUUAAGCUACGAUUUUUCCUCAUUAGUUCCUGCAGUUGACCAUUUUUUCAAUUCCAUGUCAUACUUUAAUAAAGUUAAGGGAGAGUCGAUCGACGAUGUAUUGUUACACGACGGCAUGAUUAGCAUGAGAUGAAAACAGUAUUUGAUGAAACUCUUCUUACUUGUCUCUUUUCUAAACUUUUUAUCACGCUUUAAUUUCCUCUUGAAACUCACUUACCUUUCCCAUCCUCCUUAAAUCUCAUUAGAAAUAAGUUCACUCCUGGUUUGCAUGUCUUAUCACUGAAUUUACCCCUGCAAUUUUUAUUUUUAUUAUUUAUCAUUUCACCUCGUUCUCUUUGUGUCUCAGUGGAAGGUUAAAGGUUCUCGCAGCUUGUGGGUCUCAGUAUUAGGUCGCUUUCUUCGUCUUAAAACUUAGCAUAGCGUGACUGUUUUGUAUAAGCGAAGCUGAUUUAAAUCUUUGUAAGUCCAAUUCAAAUUUUUGCGAGCUCGUUGUGUGAAAAUAAAGAUCACUCCUUUAGCUA